AUGCCCCGCCUACCUUGGCCUACCGCAGCCAACCAGAAGGUGUAUCUUUACGAAUCCCCGCCCAGAAAUGCAGACCGGAAGUCUUUCCACCUUUUGUAGCCAAACCCGAGACCUGACCCCCAAAUCCCUGUCUCCUGCCCGCAGCCAAACGGAAGGCUGGGCAGCCAGGACCGCUUACUGCUUGGGGGCUGGAGAUGGAAGCUGAGGCUCUAAUUCCUCUACCCACUUCCUAGGAGGCUCUGCUAUCCCUCCGGUGCCAGUACCCGAGCUGGGGGACCUAAGUACUUCCGAGACGCCCAAGUCCUGCUCCGACGUGAUUGGGCUUUCCCAUUCUUUCGAGAAGACAGGGAAUUUGGGCUUCCGGGCUGGCCGGGAAAACAGAUUUUACAGACAUGCGGGGUGUGACAAGCUCUCUAACUGGAGAAUGAACAUUUCACACUUUUACCAGUUUUACACCCAAUUGGAAUGAUUUUAUUAGUGCCCAUUUCCCGUGCUAGGCUGGGGUCUCCACCAAGGCAGAGAGGUACCAUGUAUCCGGGGAGCCUGCGACACCCUUGACACUUAGUAGAUGAUCAAGUACUUGUCGAAUGAGUAAAUGAAUGAACCAGGGCUCCCCAGGUCAGGACUGUGUCCCUAAACCUAAAGGGCAAGGCCACGUGCCCCCUUGACUCCCAAUAGCAGGGCCAUGUCUUCACCUGAGACCCUGGAGAGUAGUGCUGGGCUUCCCACAGACACCAAAGGACAGGGUGCCUUGUGCUCCCCAACCUAGUGUCAUGACGUCCCCAACCAUUUCGAGGGCAGGGCCACGGCAUGCCUCAGGCUCCAGAAGGCAGCUGUCCGUUUCCCACUCCCACCUCGGGGAGCACAGCAGGGGUCUUCCCAUACCCCUACUGGCGGGAUUGCGUGUUCCCCAGAGACAGUGGAGGGCAGAGCUGGUGCCUUCCCACUUGUCCCCUCCUCGCCAUCCUCGAGGGCAGGACCGUAUGAACCCCUCAGAUUCCUCCGUGGAAGAACUGUGGCUCCACCAGAUCCCAAAAAGCAAGGCCCGUUUCCUACAACCCCCGAGGGAGGGUCGUCCUCACUCCGCCGCCAACCUACUAGCACCAUCACCAGACCCUCGAGGGCGGUGCCGUGGACCUCUCCAGAUCUCAAAGGGCAGAUUCCUACUUCUUACGCCCCCACAUCACCCGCCUCGAGACCGCAAGGGUAGAGGUGGGCACCCCCGCCUCCGCACUUUUGCUCGGGGCUCCAGAUUGUAGGGCAGGGCGGCGCUUCUCGGAAAGCGAAAGCCGGCGGGGCGGGGCGGGUGCCGUAGGAGAAAGAGGAAGCGCUGGCAGACAAUGCGACCCGACCGCGCUGAGGCUCCAGGACCGCCCGCCAUGGCUGCAGGAGGUCCCGCCGCGGGGUCUGCGGCCCCGAUCUCCUCCACAUCCUCCCUUCCCCUGGCUGCUCUCAACAUGCGAGUGCGGCGCCGCCUGUCUCUGUUCUUGAACGUGCGGACACAGGUGGCGGCCGACUGGACCGCGCUGGCGGAGGAGAUGGACUUUGAGUACUUGGAGAUCCGGCAACUGGAGACACACGCGGACCCCACUGGCAGGCUGCUGGACGCCUGGCAGGGACGCCCUGGCGCCUCGGUAGGCCGACUGCUUGAGCUGCUUACCAAGCUGGGCCGCGACGACGUGCUGCUGGAGCUGGGACCCAGCAUUGAGGAGGAUUGCCAAAAGUAUAUCUUGAAGCAGCAGCAGGAGGAGGCUGAGAAGCCUUUACAGGUGGCCGCUGUAGACAGCAGUGUCCCACGGACAGCAGAGCUGGCGGGCAUCACCACACUUGAUGACCCCCUGGGGCAUAUGCCUGAGCGUUUCGAUGCCUUCAUCUGCUAUUGCCCCAGCGACAUCCAGUUUGUGCAGGAGAUGAUCCGGCAACUGGAACAGACAAACUAUCGACUGAAGUUGUGUGUGUCUGACCGCGAUGUCCUGCCUGGCACCUGUGUCUGGUCCAUUGCUAGUGCCGCCGGAUGGUGGUGGUUGUCUCUGAUGAUUACCUGCAGAGCAAGGAAUGUGACUUUCAGACCAAAUUUGCACUCAGCCUCUCUCCAGGUGCCCAUCAGAAGCGACUGAUCCCCAUCAAGUACAAGGCAAUGAAGAAAGAGUUCCCCAGCAUCCUGAGGUUCAUCACUGUCUGCGACUACACCAACCCCUGCACCAAAUCUUGGUUCUGGACUCGCCUUGCCAAGGCCUUGUCCCUGCCCUGAAGACUGUUAUGAGGCCCUGGGUGUGUGUGUAUCUGUCCGCCUCUCCAUGUACUUCUGCCCUGCCUCCUCCUUUCGUUGUAGGAGGAAUCUGUGCUCUACUUACCUCUCAAUUCCUGGAGAUGCCAACUUCACAGACACGUCUGCAGCAGCUGGACAUCACAUUUCAUGUCCUGCAUGGAACCAGUGGCUGUGAGUGGCAUGUCCACUUGCUGGAUUAUCAGCUAGGACACUAUAGAACAGGACCAGCUGGGACUAGGAGAAGGACCAGCAGAGCCAGCUCUGCUCUGAGCCAUUCACACAUCUUCAGCCUCAGUUUCCUCACUUGAGGAGUGGGAUGGGGAGAACAGAGAGUAGCUGUGUUUGAAUCCCUGUAGGAAAUGGUGAAGCAUAGCUCUGGGUCUCCUGGGGGAGACCAGGCUUGGCUGCGGGAGAGCUGGCUGUUGCUGGACUACAUGCUGGCCACUGCUGUGACCACGACACUGCUGGGGCAGCUUCUUCCACAGUGAUGCCUACUGAUGCUUCAGUGCCUCUCUGCACACCGCCCAUUCCACUUCCUCCUUCCCCACAGGGCAGGUGGGGAAGCAGUUUGGCCCAGCCCAAGGAGAUCCCACCUUGAGCCUUAUUUCCUAAUGGGUCCACCUCUCAUCUGCAUCUUUCACACCUCCCAGCUUCUGCCCAACCUUCAGCAGUGACAAGUCCCCAAGAGACUCGCCUGAGCAGCUUGGGCUGCUUUUCAUUUCCGCCUGUCAGGAUGCCUAUGGUCAUGCUCUCAGCUCCACCUGGCAUGAGAAGGGAUCCUGGCCUCUGGCAUAUUCAUCAAGUAUGAGUUCUGGGGAUGAGUCACUGUAAUGAUGUGAGCAGGGAGCCUUCCUCCCUGGGCCACCUGCAGAGAGCUUUCCCACCAACUUUGUACCUUGAUUGCCUUACAAAGUUAUUUGUUUACAAACAGCGACCAUAUAAGAGCCUCCUGCCCCAAAGCUUGUGGGCACAUGGGCACAUACAGACUCACAUACAGACACACACAUAUAUGUACAGACGUGUACUCUCACACACACAGGCACCAGCAUACACACGUUUUUCUAGGUACAGCUCCCAGGAACAGCUAGGUGGGAAAGUCCCAUCACUGAGGGACCCUAACCAUGUCCCUGAACAAAAAUUGGGCACUCUUCUAUUCCUUUUCUCUUGUGUCCCUACUCAUUGAAACCAAACUCUGGAAAGGACCCAAUGUACCAGUAUUUAUACCUCUAAUGAAGCACAGAGAGAGGAAGACAGCUGCUUAAACUCACACAACAAUGAACUACAGACACAGCUGUUCUCUCCCUCUCUCCUUCCCAGAGCAAUUUGUACUUUACCCUCAGGCUCUCCUCUGGGGAGAAGGUGCCAUGGUCUUAGGUGUCUGUGCCCCAGGACAGACCCUAGGACCCUAAAUCCAAUAGAAAAUGCAUCUCUUUGCUCCACUUUCAGCCAGGCUGGAGCAAGGUACCUUUUCUUAGGAUCUUGGGAGGGAAUGGAUGCCCCUCUCUGCAUGAUCUUUUUGAGGCGUUUAGCUGCCAUGCACCUGUCCCCCUUUAAUACUGGGCAUUUUAAAGCAAUCUGGAGAGGCAUCUUCUACAUGUUUUGUACGCAUUAAAAUAAUUUCAAAGAUAUCUGAGAAAAGCCGAUAUUUGCCAUUCUUCCUGUAUCCUGGAAUAUAUCUUGCAUCCUGAGUUUAUAAUAAUAAAUAAUAUUCUACCUUGGAAA